AUGGCUGGCAGGGACUGGAUCCAAGGAUUUCUUAAGAAAAAUCUACGAAUAAGCAUUCGAAAUCCUGAAGCUACUUUAAGAGUUAAUGAAGUUUCAGAUAACCAUUCAACUAACAACAUUUCAGAAGCAACAGCAUCAACUAGCAGUAGGAACGUUAUAGGACCGCAACCUUCUACAAGUGUUGAUAUUACAAAUUAUAAACCAAAUGAUAGUAUAAAUCAAGAUAACAAUAAAUCCGACAGUGAACCUCUAGCUAGCGUACUUUCACAACUAAUACCUCUGCCUAGCAUUGAAAAAGGUAAAGGCAUAGGAAAAAAACACAUCAAUCCGGAAUUCUUACUGCAUACAAGAGGCAAAGUAAUUAAGAAGAUAAAAGAACUUAAAAAGAACUUAUUUAAGUCAAGUUCAUCUGAAAAAUCGGCUGAUGAACAGGUUCCGUAUGACGAGAGUGCUGAUAGUGACUUAGAAAAUAUUGAAAUCCCGCUAAACAUCCAGAAAAACACUCAGAAAGAGCGUGAUCAGCCUGUGUGCACGAUAUGCCUCGAAGAGGGAAUACUGAGAUAA